UUGAGGGGUGUGGCGCUGAAAUGUAAUGAAGAGCCCUGGAUACGAACUCCCAAAUGUGUUUGCGAGCUAACUGUUCCUUUGUGUGGCAGAUAUGAGAGGAGGCAGCUGGCAGAGACUCUUCUGGCAACUAUGUUUUCAAUGAGUGCGCUCCUGAAUCCCAACUUCCUGAAGCCAUUUAUGCAAACCCUUGUAUCAGCUGCAAUAGGAAACAUCAUUACAGCCUCCACUGGAUCGGGCUUCGCUGACAGCUCAAGGCAACCCAGCGAAGGAGAGACGGAGCCUGAUGCUGAUGUUAUGGAGCCACAAGCGGAAUGGCUACGCUUGAUGGCUCUUACUGCCAUCAAACAGUCAAGGAGAAGUGGGAAGGCAGGGGCAACCACAUGUCAAACCACAGGUCCGCAGACAAGGAAUCAGGAAGGAGGGAGGGAGUGCUCGGAAGAUGGACUCGAUGCAGAUUCCACAACUGAUGGAAUUCAAGCAGAGCAACAGUUGGAUCAUAGUUUUCUGUCAUCAGUUCUGAGCUGCGCAGAUCGUGACACAUCCAUUGGCAAACGACUACUGAAUGAGCUUGUACGUCAUGCGUACAUGUUCUGGUGCGAGAAGAAGGAUCAUCAGGCAUCGCUGGGCUCGCUGAAGCUGUCACACAGGCUGUUGAUGAUGAUGUCAACACAAAAACGCAGCACAAAUGCGGAUGCUCCGGUGGGGGGUUUCGUCACUCACAAGGCAGGCGAGUGUUUGCACAAACUGCUAUCGGAAGUGAAGGCAGAGUGUAUGUCAGAGCAAGACCAAGCUACAGCGGCGGGCCCACAGGCCGACAUUAAGGAACUGGUAAGCAUGUAUGUGGCCAGGGUAACCCCUGAUCAGCUUGGGGGUGCUUCCCCCCAUUACGGCCAGGGCACUCCUGACACCAUUUGAUCCCUCCUGUUCGGUAGGAGUGACUGUCGGACCUGCCCAUUCCUUAUAAAUCAGAUGAACAGAAUGAAAUAAAUUUGUCAAU